AUGCGCGCUUUUAUCGUCCUCUGUCUGUUUGCCGUGAGCUGCAGUGCCGAUAAACUGGGCUACAACUACCAACCCGUGGCCCAUGCCGAUGAGGGUCUGUCCUUCCUGCCCGGAGGUGGUCAGGUGAUUGGAGAGCUUCCAUCGCAGGCGCUGCCCGUGCUGAGUGGCGAGGCGGUGCUCUCCCAGCCCAUUGAUGCUUCCCUCCAGGCACCUGUUGCACCCCAGAUCGCGCCCUUGGUGGAGGAGUUCCAGAAGGAGUUCUACAGCUACGCUGCCCCCGAGGAGCAGUACGAUGAGGGUGCCAGCAACCAGCAGAUCGCCAACUCCCUGAAGAAGAACCUCCGCGUCGUCUUCAUUCGCGCUCCCGAAAACCAGGGCUUCGAACGUGCUGCCCUCCAGUUGGCCAAGCAGUCCGCCCAGCAGGAGACCGCCAUCUACGUACUGACCAAGCAGUCCGAUGUGUCCAACCUGGCCAAGCAACUGAACGCCCUCAAGAGCAGCUCCACCAACAAGCCAGAGGUGCACUUCGUCAAGUACCGCACUCCCGAGGAUGCGGCCAAUGCCCAGCUGGCCAUCCAGAACCAAUACAACCAGCUGCCCGGCGUGUCUCGCAUUUCGAACGAGGGUCGUGCUCCCGUCCUGAACUUUGCCUCGUCCGCAGUCCAGCCUGCUGCCAUUCCUGCUGCCAUUCCUGCUGCUGCUGCUCCAGUUGCUGCAGCUGCUCCCAGCUCGGAGUACCUGCCCGCCACUGUGGUGGCUGGACAGGAUUACCUGCCACCCAAUCUGCGUCGUUUCCGCGUCAAGUAAAUGGUCUCAAGUGCAGUUCCAACGGUAACGCUUCCUAAUCCAGAAAAUCGCAUCGAAAAGAAAACACCUAGCUACUCCCAUCACGUGCAAGUUAACUAGUUUUUAAGUAUCCAUGUAGAGGAAUAAAAUUUGUUUUGCUGACAAA